GCGACUUCCCUUCCUACAAAGCCGUUAGGGAAGCCCUGGAAAAAGAAGAGAGAAAAAAAAGGCCCGAAACAAUGACGAGUAGAUUGCCGCCUCUACUCGAGCAGUACCUCGCGCUCCCGCCCGAGGCGGCCCUGGUGGUGCUGUCGGGCGUCGUCGGCGCGAGCACCAACUGGCUGGUGCUGCGGUACAUGGCCAGCUUCUUGGGCAGGUCGCCGCCGCCGCCGCCGACGGGGGCCGGGGAGACGGACGGCGACGACACGGCCGUGCUCCUCGUCAGCUUCAUGCGGGAUUUUUCGUUUUGGAGGGAUGGUGCUGGUAGGCUUGGCGUAGACCUGGACGCCCUGCGGCGAAGGGGCCGCUUCGGCUUCGUGGACGGCCUGACGGGCCUCUUCUCAUCAGACCAAGCCGCCCCGCCCACCAACGGCCCGCAGCAGCAGCAGCAGCAGCAGCAGCAGCAACAGCCUCAUAGAACCCUCGCGUGGAGCAACGCCCAAGGCAUGCGCGGCAUCGGCGCCUCCCUCCUCGAGGCGCUCGAGUCGCUGCAACAGGGAGGCGAGGACAGUACAAGGAGGGCGAAGAAGCCCAUCGUCGUCAUCGUCGACCAGCCGGACCUGCUGCUCGCGGCGGCGACGGGCGGCAACGGCGGGGGGGCCGCCGAGGACCUGCGCGGGGUGCUGCUCGACGUGCGGGAGCGGGCGCACGCGGCCGUGGUGGCGGUGUCGGCCGACGGCCCGCUGGUGGCGGCGGGGCAGCAGCAGCAGCAGCAGCAGCAGCAGCAGCAGCAGCAGCAGCAGCAGCAGCAGCAGCAGCAGCGAACGGCGCUGGAGCGGGCGCACGCGUCGCUGGCGCUGUCGCUGGCGCACGAGGCCGACCUGCUGCUGUGCCUGCGUCUGCUCGACACGGGCGCGGCCAACGACGUGGGCGGGGUGGUGCGCGUCACGCGCGGAGGUGGUGGAGGCGGAGGCGGCGGCUGCGCGGCCGUCGAGGAGCACGAGUACCUCUAUCACGUCGGGGGUGACGGGGGCGUCAGGGUGUUUGAGCGAGGGCAGUAAACUGCCCGGUUGGAGGGAGAUCGUCGCAGAGCUAGGCCUACCAAAUCCACGGUACAGAGAACCAGGUCAAGCAGAAACAUAAUAUCCAUCAAACACGUCGUUUUGUCGUUUCACUUUAUUUUGAUGAUGACGAGAAGGAAGCCCGAACGAGAUAUGCUUAAACGCCGUGACCAGUCUCGACCAUCACACACAGCCAAGAGUGGUCCCCCCCUUUCCCAUU